GGAUGGCGGCUCGGCGCCCUGGUCUUGGGGCUGGGAAUGGCCAUCUUCCUCGUCGCAAUUGACACCACCAUCGUCUCGACCGCAAUCCCAAGCAUCUCCCAGGAGUUUGGCUCGGUGAGCAGCGACGGCUGGUACGGGUCAGCUUUUUUCCUGACGAAUGCGGCCACGCAAGCCCCCUGGGGCACCAUCUACGAGUUGACGCGGCUCAAGCCCAGCUUCCUGGUGGCCAUGACUCUAUUCGAAGCAGGCUCCCUCAUCUGCGCUCUGGCCCACAAUUCCGCAACCCUGACCGCGGGGCGCGCCGUCGCGGGGCUUGGGGCGGCGGGGGUCUCGUCGGGGGCCUACACGAUCCUCGCCAUCGCCGCGCCCCCGCGGUGGCGCUCGGUGCUCACGGCCGUCUUCGGCAUCAGCUAUGCGGUCGCCAGCUUCGUGGGUCCGGCCAUUGGCGGGAUUCUGACUUCCAGCAGCACCUGGCGGUGGUGUUUCUGGAUCAACCUGCCCAUUGGUGGGGUCACGAUGGCCACCGUCGCCGUGGUCUGGAGGCCGACCACCACCGCCCAUUCCCUGGCCCACUCGGCUGCCCCGUGGAAGACCAUCGGCACGCGACUCGACCUCCCCGGCAUUAUCCUCUUCACGGGGAGUCUGACCUGCUACCUUCUCGCGCUCGAAUGGGGCGGGGCCGCCAAGCCGUGGCACGAUGCGGGGGUCGUCGGAACGCUGGUCACCAGCGGGGUGUUAGGGCUGUUGUUUCUGGUGCAGCAGUGGCGCGCCAAAGAGAACGCCGCGGUGCUCCCCUUCCCGCUCUUUCGCCGCUAUCGCCGCAUGGCCCUCCACUGCGGGGUCAUCUUCUUCCUGGCGGCGGGCUUUUUCGUGCUGCUCUACAACCUCCCCCUGUACUUCCAGGCAGUCCGCAACCUGUCGGCCACCGCGUCGGGCCUUCGCACCGUGCCCCUCGUGCUGGGCUGUGGGCUGUUCUCCGCCCUGUCGGGAUGGUACAUGUCCAUGGACGUCGCGGUAGGGUGGAUCCCCAUGCUGCUGGGCGCGGUCCUCACGACCGCAGGCGCGGGCCCGCUGUGGACACUGACGCCCUCCACCCCGGUGGCCACCUGGGCCGGGCUGCAGGUGCUGGUCGGCGCCGGGGUCGGUAUUGCGUGCCAGAUCCCCAUCAUCCUCAACCAGGCGAUGGUGGUGAAGGACGAUCCCGCAAACUUGUCCGUCGCCACCGCUGUGACGCUGUUCUUUCAGUUGCUGGGCGGCUGUGUCUUCUUGCAGCUCGCGCAGUGUCUGCUCACCAAUGAGGUCGCGGCGCAUCUGCACCAAGGGUCUCGGAAGGUGGAUUUGGCGGCGGUGCUCGAGGCGGGCGCCGCGGGGCUGGCGCAGAGGUUUGACGGUGAUACCUUGUCAAUCGUCGCCGGGGCGUAUAUGCAGGGGAUCAAAGCCACCGUGUUGCUUAGCACCACGUUGGCUGGACUGGCUACGAUCUUUGCU